GUGAUUUGGUUCUGUCUGCUAAUAAAUUUAAACAAUUUCAUUCUCCAUGUCACUGGCUUUUUAAUAGGCACUGACUCUCAGGAUGAGAUUUUGGCUGGGGGAUGUUAUUGUAUAAGUACUCUUGCUGGUUAUUUGUGGAUUAAUCUUGACAUCUCUGCUAAAGAAAGUGUAGCGAAUUUAUUGAUGGUUCCUGUGCAUGUCUGGUGUUUGCAAGACAUGUUAAAUCAUUAUGACUGAGUAAAUGAUUGAAUGGAUCAAUAAACUGGAUGGGCUGGUUGCAACUUGAAACCACUUUGUUUUGUGUUGUCUGAUCCAAAGUUCUUGAAGUUUUUGUGUCUUGAUUAUAGCAUAUAUGUGUAUUCGAAUGGUACCUUACUACCUUUGUUUGCAUCAUCUCCACACAAAUACAUUUUAACAAGUCAGACAUUGUAGACUGGUGUGAUAACCUUAACUCAAGAAGUUUAAUGGAACACUUCUUUUGCAUUUUUGUGGCAAAAUCUACCUCCUUGACCAUUGCUAAUCGUUCUUUCAUUGUAUUUCACCUGGUUGGUUCUUUCCUGUUGCCUUGUUGUGUCUUAUGCUUGCUGAGAAAUUUUAAGCCAGAGAUAGACAAGAUAGCUGCCUUAUCACCAUUGGAGCCACUGUCAAAUCUGGCCAGAGACCAAGAAGGGAAGCUAGGCACGUGGGGAAUUUCUAGAGGACUAAUUUCCAGUUUGUCUGAGAGUUCAUGGAAUUCAGUGGAUCACCAUCCAAAAUCUUGGACCAACACCAAUUUGAUCCAGCAUGAAAGCAGUCUGUUCUCUAGCUCAUUGUCAGAAAUAUUUAGUAGAAAGCUGCAAUUAUUGAGGAAUGAUGCUCCAACUCUUCUACCUAGCUUUAAGGUUGGUUCAGACCAUGAGGAAGAACCUUUAGAAUCCCUUGAAGAAAUUGAGGUGCAGGCCAUUGGAAAUCUCCUUCCUGACGAAGAUGAUCUUUUUUCUGGAGUAAUGGGACUUGAUACUCCUGCCAAUAGGGAUGAUGAAUUAGAGGAUUUUGACCUAUUUAGCAGUGGUGGGGGCGUGGAAUCGGAAGGUGAUGAUCGUUUAGGUGUGGGUCAAGGAAACUUAGAUAUUGUAGGAGCAUCUAAUGGUUCAAUUGUUGGUGGACACCCUUCUAGAACACUUUUUGUGAGAAACAUAAACAGUAAUGUUGAAGAUUCUAAACUCAAGGCACUUUUUGAGCAAUAUGGAGAUAUCCGUGCUCUCUAUACAGCCUGCAAGCAUCGUGGUUUUGCCACGAUUUCUUAUUAUGAUAUAAGGGCAGCCCAAAAUGCAACAAGAGCUCUCCAAAAUAAGCCAUUGAGGCAUAGGAAACUAGAUAUACAUUAUUCUAUUCCAAAGGUUGUCAUUGCUGUUACUAGCUUCAUUUAUUUGGGAACGCUGGUGGUUUUCAAUCUUGAUGCCUCUGUUUCAACCAAUUGGCUUCAACAAAUUUUUGGUAUUUUUGGAGAAAUUAAAAUCAAUGAGAUUUCACCUGAGCAAAAUCACAAAUUCAUUGAGUUUUAUGAUGUUAGAGCUGCUGAAGCUGCUCUUUGUGCAUUGAAUAGGUGUGACAUUGCUGGGAAGCAGAUCGAAAUUGAACCAAGUCCUCCAGGGGGUCUUUUUAAUAGGGAGAUGAGAGCUAUACGCUGUUUUCUAGUUCUGGGCCUGGAUGUGGAAAGUUUUAUGCAACUUUCGGACCAAGGGCAAGAUGAAUCUAGUAAUCUCUGUCAAAGUUCUUUGGAUGACUCGAUGGCAAGACACGUGGCUGGGGUAAGUGCAUCUGGCUACAUGGAUAAUGGAUCCAGCCCGAUAUUACAGAAUGUUAUACGGUCACCUGUGAAUACAUUUAUUGGACCUAGUCAAAGUUCUAGUGUUCCAAUCAACUUGUCCUCUCCUGCAAGAGUGGCAUCUGUUAACAACCAAUUUAACCUUCGGGAGCCAAACCACACUCUAGAUGUGAUUAAGUUCCAGAACCAGUGCAUUACAAGUUUCCAUCCCCAAUCCUUUCCUGAGUAUCAUGAUAAUUUAGGCAAAAGCCUUCCAUCUAACUCCUCAAGCACCAUUCCGGACAUGGUUAGCAGUUUUGUUUCCCAAAUGACUGAUGAACUUGAUAAUAGGAGCAUUCAUGGAGUGAGCACAAAUGGGCACUCAAUAGAACCUAAUGAAGGGGAGAACUCAACUGCUAGUAUUCUUUUAAGGUGUUCAGUUGACUUGUUAGCUAAUUCAUUCGCUCUAGUUUUUGGAUCAUCUGGUAAUGGAAGCUGUUUGCUUCAUGGAAAUCGUUAUGCGUGGAACUACUCCAACUCACAUCAGCAGCAGCCUUCAAGUGGCAGGAUUUGGCCCAAUUCGCCCUCUUUUGUUAAUGGUGUUCAGCAUAUGCCUGCAUUUCCUAGGGUACCUCCUGUUAUGUUGAAUGCAGCAUCACCUGUACACCACCACAUUGAGUCGGCACCACCAGUUAAUUCACCAUUACGGACAGGUGACAUGCCUAUGCUGGGAAAUCUCCUGACACCUCCAGUUUUCACUUAGGAUCUCUAGGGAAUGUUGGAUUUCCUGGUAGUUCUCCAUCACACACUGUGGAAAUUGCUUCUCACAACAUUUUCUCACGUGCUGGUGGAAACAAUGGUGUGGUAUACUCUCCUCAGCAAAUGUGUCACCUUUUCCCUGGAAGAAACCUUGUGAUAUCCAUGCCAGGUUCUUUUGAGUCUCCCAAUGAACGUGUGAGAAAUUUCUCGCACCAUAGAAAUGAAUUGAAUUUUAAUAAUGCUGAUAAGAAACAAUAUGAACUUGACAUUGACUGCAUCAUACACGGGGAAGACAGCAGAACAACAACGCUGAUGAUAAAGAACAUUCCAAACA